AGAUAUCCGGGCGGCCGACCGCUGCUCGCUGGGGUUGGGUGCGCCUCCUGUUGGUCCACGCCCGCGCUCCACGACCGCAGAGCCCACGCUGGCCGGGGCCGGGGCGCCCGGGCGCUUGGGGCCGGAUUCGGCACUCGUUCACAGUCUUUGUGUCUCCUCUUUCGCCCCCCCCUCUCCUCCCGCCGCCUCCGGCCACUGCAAUGCCGCUGCGCCCCGUUGCCGUUGCCGUCGCUGCCGACUUGGUCCGCCUGCGGCGCGCUGCUCGCUGCGGCGGUGGCUGCGGCCCGUCUCCGACGUGGGCCUGAAGGAGGAAGAAGAGGAAGCGAGGCGCGUCCCCCGGCUCAUGCCGCAGCCACGGCUCCGGACCCGCCACGGCGCCCGCGCCGCCGCCCUCGCCGGAGCCCACGAGACCUGCAUGGACGGGCAUGGGCUUGAGAGCAGCUCCUUCCUGCGCCGCCGCCGCCUCCGCCGCCGUCUCCGGGGCUGAGCAGCGCCACCGCCCCAGGCUCUGCCCGCCUCCCCUGGCACUGCUCUUGCUGCUGCUGCUCAGUCUUGGGCUGCUCCACGCAGGUGACUGCCAACAACCAGCCCAGUGUCGAAUCCAGAAAUGUACCACAGACUUUGUGUCCCUGACUUCACACCUGAACUCUGCCAUUGACGGCUUUGACUCCGAGUUUUGCAAGGCCCUGCGUGCCUAUGCUGGCUGCACCCAGCGAACUUCAAAAGCUUGCCGUGGCAACCUGGUAUACCAUUCUGCUGUAUUGGGUAUCAGUGACCUCAUGAGCCAGAGGAACUGUUCCAAGGAUGGACCCACAUCUUCUACCAACCCUGAAGUGACCCAUGAUCCUUGUAACUAUCACAGCCAUGCAGGAGCCAGAGAACACAGGGGCGGGGACCAGAACCCUCCCAAUUAUCUUUUUUGUGGCUUGUUCGGAGAUCCUCACCUUAGAACUUUCAAGGAUCACUUCCAGACGUGCAAAGUGGAAGGGGCCUGGCCACUCAUAGAUAAUAAUUAUCUUUCAGUUCAAGUGACGAAUGUGCCCGUGGUCCCCGGAUCCAGUGCUACUGCUACAAAUAAGAUCACAAUCAUCUUCAAAGCCCACCGUGAGUGUACCGAUCAGAAAGUGUACCAAGCUGUGACAGAUGACCUGCCUGCUGCCUUUGUGGAUGGCAGCACCAGCGGUGGGGAUGGCGACACCAAGAGUCUGCGUAUAGUGGAAAGGGAGAGUGGCCGCUAUGUGGAGAUGCACGCCCGCUACAUAGGGACCACGGUGUUUGUGCGGCAGCUGGGUCGCUACCUGACCCUCGCCAUCCGCAUGCCUGAAGACCUGGCCAUGUCCUACGAGGAAAGCCAGGACCUGCAGCUGUGUGUGAAUGGCUGCCCCCUGAGCGAGCGCAUUGAUGAUGGGCAGGGCCAGGUGUCUGCCAUCCUGGGGCACGCCCUGCCUCACACCCGCCUGGCACAGACCUGGCCUGGCUACACACUGGAGACUGCCAAUGCUCAAUGCCACGAGAAGAUGCCAGUGAAGGACAUCUAUUUCCAGUCCUGUGUCUUCGACCUGCUCACCACCGGUGAUGCCAACUUCACCGCGGCAGCCCACAGUGCCUUGGCGGACAUGGAGGCACUGCACCCGAGGAAGGAACGCUGGCACAUUUUCCCAAGCAGUGGUCAGGAGACUCCCCGUGGAGGCAGCCAGCUCUCUCUCGGCCUGGGGCUCAUGUGCUUGAUCUGUAUUGUGUUUUUGUAG